AUGGAAGCAGCUAACAUCAAUCUCAUCGCAGCAGACAACCAGGUGUCCCCUAUACCCUUCGCUGCAUGUAAUGACUGUGAGACCCAACUAAGGAGGGGCUGCAAGGAGGUAAAUGGGGUAGGAGCUCAUAACAAGAAUCGAUAUGUUCAAGCAGCAGCAAAAGCUGCACGACAAAUGUCUCUAGCUGGCCGAGAAAGCGGCUCUACAUUGAUAUUUGCUGAACACUCAGAUCGUCUUCUCUGUGAUCCGACCAACUCCUUGAGGGCUUAUGGUGUCUAUCAGUUCAAGUACGUUUCAACACCUGCUGAGAGUGAGGCUGAGGUGCAAGAGCUGAUCGACCGUCUCAUGCGGACCGCCAUGGAUGCGUAUGAACGGUCUGUCGAGGUUUAUAUGAAUCUCUCGGAUGAGGCAAAGACUUUGAUGAUACUUCGGCAUGUACCGAUGAUGGUUUCACAGGUUGUUGCACUGCCCCCCCUUCUGUCUAAGCUCAAGGCAUCAGUUAUGCCAAAGAAGCCGAAUCCAACAGAAAGAACUUCCAUUUACUCCAUACGAAGGAAAAGUGGAACCGCACUCCCCAAUCCGCCACGGCCCGUGUUUCUUUCGUCAACUGCAAAUAUCCGUAGAAAGGAUCUAAUUUCGCUUCAGCAGCAACCUUUACCAGAGAGUGACGGUAUAAAAUUGUCCUCUGCCCAUGUUCUACGAGAUUCGAAAGUGACUGGGAAUGUAAAUUGUUCUAGACGACCUUUAGGGGAUGCAUCAACGCCUAGUCUCUGCUCCAUCAGCCACAGCGAUGAGACUUCAGAGUAUAGAAAGGCACGACCGUGGACCGGUAAGCCAUCCGAUGACGACACGGUCGCUGUCUCGGCGAUAGCAAUGAACGCUGUUCAGUCCAUCGCAGAAUUGGAACACCGACAGCCGACCGGCCAAACCGAUGCCAAAAGCACUUCUCACAACAAUCGAUUAGAGGAGGUGGUUCAAACGUUAGCUCAGCUCUGGCCGCACUACAGUGGCGAUGAGCGAGGAAAUCUGAUGAGGUCAUGGCCACAAAAGAAGCGCCAAGUUUCGAUACCGCGAAGCGCUCGAGAGUCUGUGAAAAUGGAUAAUAAUUGCGUAGAUCAAUGCGAAUCCCAUACGGGUGAGGAAAACGUUGAGGGCGAUUCUUUUCUUUCAGGCAUGUCCACAACACCGCGGCCGACUAUACACGUCCUCAUUGACAUCAUCGCUUCACGUAAAGCCCUUGGCUCUAACCCUUCACAGAGUAGGCCACAUCAAUUGGCACAACUUAUUUAUGCAAGUCUUCAGAAAUACAGCAAGGUGGCGUGUCUGCACGCCUGUGUUGGAAUUAGCGACACAAACGUUAAGCUGGUAUGUCGCGAUGUACUCUUUCCAUUUCAGAUCUCACCUGCUGCUCUCAGUGGUGCGACUUCCUCCCGAGCACGCACCGCUGGGGCCUCACUGCGGCGGAGUGGCUCCUUGAUUCACUCAGGGGUUUCAAAUACUGUAAACGCAACACGCUUGCUCGAAAUAGAGAGGCGAGAGGGUAAACCCUCACGCUUAAAUGUUCACAAAGGUGAUACCACGGUUUUGCAGGAUGAUAUUAAUGCGACUACAUUGUCCUCAGGACUACUUCCAUGUGCGCUACUUCCUCCCGUUGGAGUUGAACUUAUCGACCAGGCCCAUCUAUUUAUUUGUAUACCCUCAAACUUUUUGUAA